AUGAGUGGCCAUCACGCUCUGGCUUAUAGUUCAGGACCUGGUUCGCUUUACUUGACCUUGCAGUCUCAAACAUUAUAUUCCCCAGUUGGCCUGGACCUCAGCCUUUGUCAAGAACAGACAGAACAUGCAGGUUUACGGGAUAGUUUGAAUGAUGGCAGUCGUAACACAUACCGUGAAAUAGAAAACAUGCAGAACAGUGAAGAUGUGAAAGAAUAUAAUUUGGCUAAUGGAAGAGAGAGAGAAGAAGACAGCAUGCUUAAAGUCAAAAGUGACUAUGAUGAAAAACAAGAUGGAAUUUUGAAGUCUGAGCCGGUAGAAACUGGAGAAGAACCCAGGAUCCUUUAUAACUACAGGCCGGAGUACGGAGACUAUGACAAUAUGGAACUGGAGAGGCAUUCUGAACCAUAUGACCUUGUCAAAUCAAAUACUGCAAAACUGAAGUGUGACAUUUGUGGAUUAGGCUGUGUCAGCCUCAAUGUUCUGGUGGUUCACAAGCGUAGUCAUACUGGUGAGCGCCCUUUCCAUUGUAAUCAAUGUGGAGCCUCAUUUACCCAGAAGGGAAAUCUUCUCCGCCAUGUUAAACUUCACACUGGGGAAAAGCCAUUCAAAUGUCACCUUUGUAGCUACGCCUGUCAAAGAAGAGAUGCACUCACAGGACACUUAAGGACACAUUCUGUGGAGAAACCAUUCAAGUGUGAAUUCUGUGGACGGAGUUAUAAGCAGAGAAGUUCAUUAGAGGAACACAAAGAAAGAUGUCGGACAUACCUCCAGAAUGCUAGCCUCAGUGAAGCUGAAAGUUCAGAGAGAAGGCACAUCAGAAGUGAAAUGGGGACUGAGCGGGCCCUUGUCCUGGACCGCUUAGCAAGCAAUGUUGCCAAACGAAAACGUUCCAUGCCACAGAAAUUUAUUGGUGAAAAACAUCCCAACUUUGAAGUGAAUUACAGCCAUGGCUUUUUAUAUGAAAAGGAGAGAGAGGCUAUGCUGCCAGGAUGCAUGGCAGAGCAAGCCUUCAACAAUGCCAUUGGCUAUCUUGGUGCAGAAUCAGUGCGCCCACUUGUGCAGGCCUCAGCUGCUCCAACCUCAGAGAUGGUGCCUGUUAUCAGCAGCCUGUAUCCCCUUACAUUCACUCACACUGAAAUGUCUAAUAAUAACCCACCAAAAAUGGAAAAAAGUGACACCCAACCGAGGGACAAGAUACCUACUGAGCAAGGCCUUUCUCCAAACAAUAGUGGUCAACAUUCUGCAGAUUCAGAUAACAAUCAAGAAGAGAAUCAGAAUCAUGCCUACCUUCAAAAUCAAAUGGUUCCUCCUCCUUUGCAGGCCAGGAAUGGACUUCCUAGAGCAUAUGACAUGUUCAGACAAUCAACCAUUUAUCCUUGUGAUGUCUUGAAAGUCUUCAACAAAGAAGGUGAACCCGUUGGAGUCUAUCGAUGUGAUCAUUGUCGUGUUCUUUUCUUGGAUUAUGUUAUGUUCACUAUCCAUAUGGGAUGUCAUGGUUUCCGUGACCCUUUCGAAUGUAACAUGUGUGGGCACAGGAGCCAUGACAAAUAUGAGUUCUCCUCUCACAUAAUUCGGGGUGAACACAGAAUGGGGAUGAUGUGAAAGCAAAA